AUGGGUAAUAAGCUUGGAAGAAGGAGACAGGUGAUUGAUGAGAAGUACACAAGGCCUCAGGGGCUUUACCACCACAAAGAUGUGGAUCAUAAGAAGCUCAAGAAGCUCAUACUGGAAUCCAAGCUUGCUCCUUGCUUUCCUGGAGAUGAAGAAUGCACUUGCGAUCUUGAAGAAUGUCCAAUUUGCUUUCUGUAUUACCCAAGUCUUAAUAGAUCAAGAUGUUGCAUGAAAGGCAUUUGUACAGAGUGUUUUCUGCAGAUGAAAGUUCCCAAUUCAACUCGUCCUACGCAGUGCCCUUUUUGUAAAACCUCUAAUUAUGCUGUGGAAUUCCGUGGUGUGAAAUCAAAGGAAGAAAAGGGCCUGGAGCAAAUUGAAGAACAGCGAGUCAUAGAAGCGAAAAUUAGAAUGCGACAGCAAGAAAUUCAGGAUGAAGAAGAAAGAAUGCAGAUAAGACAACUACUAAGCUCUUCAAGCAGAAACAUGGCACCAGUGGGUGAUGAAUACAGCGUUACUGUUCCGUCUUCUGCUUCUCCAGCAGAAGGAGAGGAAAUCGUUUCUUCUCAAGAUUCAUGCGCUGCCUCAAUGUUAAGGCAACCUCCACCUUCGAGAGUGUACAGGGAGGAUGAAUUCGAUCUGGAUCUUGAGGAUAUAAUGGUCAUGGAAGCAAUUUGGCUUUCUAUUCAGGAGAAUGGGAGACACAAGUCUCCAUCUUAUGGGGAUGUUACUCCAUCUGAACAAUUUGUCACAAGACAAAGCUAUGUCUCACCAGCUAUGGUUUCAGUUUCCGGUUCAUCAUCACCAUCCGGGGGUCUUGCUUGUGCAAUAGCUGCCCUUGCAGAACGACAGCAAACGAGUGGGGAAUCAUCUACUAAUCCUGGUGGUAAUGUGCCAGGGUUCAGUAUGGUUCCAGGCACUAGCAGGUUUUACAACAGGGUGGACAGGGAAUCAGAAAAUUAUUCAGCUGCAGUGAGCUCUUCUGAAAUGUCUAUCAAUCAUGGGAUGCCUUUGACGCAGGAUGAUAGAGAAUGGAACGCCGACACACGGACGAGUUAUGCAAGCUCUGACACAACAGAAGAUGCCGGCAGUACAUCUGCGCCACCAACAGGAAAUGAGAUUGAGGGCGAUCUUCAAAAUGUCCCAGACCCUAUUGUUCCCGAGAGUUUUGAGGAGCAGAUGAUGCUGGCCAUGGCCGUUUCUCUGGCUGAGGCUAGAGCUGUGGCCAGUGGACCUGGAGUUCCGUGGCAGUAG